AUGACACUCCUCGGUCUGGGUCGAUCGCAAGCUCGCUCCUCUGCCGCCCGACUCGCUUCACAAAAGCCCCUCUCGCUCGCCGCCAACCUCAAGCACGCAUCCGCACCCGCCAUGUCGCGCUACUCCUCCUCCUCCACCAACUCGGGCGGCAUCGGCAACGGCCCCAUGUACGAGGGCCAGUCCGCCAUGCCCCAUCUGCCCGUGCCCGCGCUCGAGCAGACGUUGAAAAAGUACCUCCGCUCCACCGUGCCGCACCAGACCAAGGAGUCGCUCGCCAAGACCGAGCAGGCCGUCCAGUCGGCGCUCUCGGGCGACGACGCCAAGCUCGUCCAGACGCUCCAGCAGCGCCUCGAGCACCGCGCCACCAACGAGGGCCGCGAGAGCUGGCUGAGCGAAUGGUGGAACGACGCCGCCUACAUGGCCUACCGCGACCCCGUCGUGCCCUACGUCAGCUACUUUUACUCGCACAAGGACGACAAGACGCGCCGCACCGGCCCCAAGCGUGCCGCCGGUCUGCUCAAGGCCUUCCUCGCCUUCCGCAGGCUGCUCGAGACCGAACAGCUCGCGCCCGAAAAGGGCAAGGCGGGCCCGCUCUGCAUGAGGUCGUACAAGUGGAUGUUCAACGCCAACCGCAUCCCCGAGAUGCCCUCGGACACGGCGGUCAAGUACGACUGGAAGGCCAACAACCACCUUGUCGUGCUGCGCAACGGCCACUUUUACGAGUUUGACCUCGUCCACGACGGCCAGGAGCUCAGCGAGGCCGAGAUCGAGUCGCAGCUGCAGACCAUCCUGGCCGACUCGGCGUCGAGCAAGCCUGCAGCCCAGCCCGUGGGCGCGCUCUCGUCCAACAACCGCGACAAGUGGACCGAGUCGCGCAAGGCGCUGGCGGCGCUGCCGGGCAACCAGCAGGCGCUGGAGCGCAUCGACAGCUCGGUCAUCGUGGUGUGCCUCGACGAGACUGCGCCGCACAGCAUCGAGAGCACCGCCUGGGGGCUGUGGUGCGGCGACGGCAAGAACCGCUUCUACGACAAGCAGCAGAUCAUCGCAUUUGCCAACGGCAAGUCCGGAUUCAUGGGCGAGCACUCCAUGAUGGACGGCACCCCGACGCUGCGUCUCAACGACUUUGCGCUGCAGGCGCUCGAGGCGGGCAAGAUCGACCUCGGCUCGAGCAAGCGCACCGAUCUGCCCGCUCCCAAGCAGAUCACCUUCAACACGGACAAGAACGUCGAGGCCAAGAUCGCCGAGAGCAUCGGCGACUUUGAGUCGCUCAUGGGCAGGCACGACCUGGCGGUGCUCGACUUCCAGGGCUACGGCAAGGGCGCGAUCAAGAAGUUCAAGUGCUCGCCCGACGCGUGGGUGCAGAUGGUGAUCCAGCUGGCCUACUUCAAGAUGUACGGCAAGCCGUGCCCCACGUACGAGUCGGCGCAGACGCGCAAGUUCAAGUGGGGCAGGACCGAGACCAUCCGCUCGGCGAGCGUCGAGUCCAAGGCGUUCUGCGAGGCCAUGGAAAGCCACUCGGCCACCGAUGCCGAGCGUUUCGAAAAGUUCCAGGCGGCGGUCAAGCAGCACCUCGGCUACGCUAGCGCCGCGGCGGAUGGUCAGGGUGUGGACCGCCACCUGUUCGGUCUCAAGAAGCUGCUCAAGGAGGGCGAGAAGGUGCCGGCGAUCUACGAGGAUGCUGCGUACGCGGCGUCGUCCACGUGGAAGCUCUCCACGUCGCAGAUCUCGUCCGAGGUGUUUUCGUGCUGGGGCUUUGGCGAGGUGACGCCGGAAGGCUUCGGAUGCGCAUACGCCAUCAAGGAGAACUCGCUGACGUUCACGCUCACCUCGCUCAAGCUCGGAGCGUCCGAUCUGAAGCACUACAUCAACGAGGCGGCCGUGGAGCUGCGCGACCUGCACCUGCGUCUGCAGCAGAACGACGCGCCCAAGAGCAAGGCCUGA